AUGAGACUUACACGCAAAAAGACCAAUACUAUCCCCGACAACGGCGGUCUCCCUGCCACUCAAUUCUUCAUCUUAUCAAUAUGUCGUAUAGCAGAACCCAUCGCCAUCACCGCCAUCUUUCCUUAUGCCUGGCUCAUGGUCAAGGGCUUUGGAAUGGAUGAUUCUUCCUUCUACGCGGGCAUCCUCAUCGCCUCUUUCUCCUUCUCCGAAUCCCUCACAAGCCUCUUCUGGGGCGGCCUCUCGGAUCGGGUUGGCCGAAAACCGGUGCUGCUUCUCGGCUGCUUCGGCACCAUGCUAUCCCUCCUCAUGGUCGGAUUCUCCACCAAUUUUGCCAUGGCCCUGACCGGAAGAAUCAUCGGCGGAGCGUUGAAUGGAAAUAUCGCAGGCGUCAUCCAGAGCAUUGUGGGCGAACUGGUCACCAACCCGGAAUAUGAGGCCAAGGCCUAUUCGAUCAUGCCUUUUGUCUGGUCAAUUGGCACGAUUAUAGGUCCUGCCAUCGGUGGUCUCCUCGCAGACCCGGCAAAGUCGUAUCCAAACCACUUUUCAAGAGAUGGCUUUUUUGGUCGAUAUCCAUGGCUGUUGCCCAACCUAGUUUGUGCCAGUUUCAUGCUCAUCAGUAUCAUAAGUGGGUUCUUUUGGCUUCAAGAGACUCAUCCAGAUUUCCAGCCGGGAGUUGAUUCGACGGUCCACCAUGAUGUGACCGAACAGACGCCCAUGAUCACCGCCGCUGGAGCUACGGCUGACCCUGGCGUUGACCUGAGACGGGACUCGUUCGGAACGUUCAACGAGGUCGACAUGCCCAGGACCCAGCACUGGGAACUCAAUCCAGACGGCACCUCCCGAACCCCCUCGUUGUCGGAAAAGAGCCGUCAGACAUGGCUAACCAAGAAGGUGGCCAUGUUGACCCUCGCGCUUAGUAUCUACACUUACCACUCCAUGUGUUACGACCACCUUCUCCCGAUUUUCUUUCAAGACAAGCGCAUCCCCGUCACCGUGUCGGGCGCCAGUCCUGUCCAUAUCCCGGGCGGAUUGGGCCUGUCCACGAAGGACGUUGGUGUCAUCUUGUCUGUCAAUGGUGUUAUCGCACUUUUCAUCCAAGCUGUCAUUUUCCCACUCGCUGCGGAGCGGCUGGGCAUUUGGCGGACUUUUGUGUUCGUCACUCUUUUGCAUCCGGUGGCAUUUUUCAUGGUGCCUUACCUUGCUCUUCUGCCGCAGAAUCUACUCUACCCAGGCAUCUACACUUGCCUCACCAUCCGCAAUCUUCUGUCGAUUCUCGAUUAUCCGGUUAUUUUGAUAUUGCUGAAGCAAGCGAGUCCGUCUCUUUCAUUGCUGGGACGGAUUAAUGGGCUGGCCGCUUCGGCCGGUGCAGCUUGUCGCACUGUUUCCCCGCCGAUUGCGGGUUUGCUCUACAGUUGGGGUUCAAGGAUUGGGUUUACAGGUCUGGCUUGGUGGAGUGCCGGCGCAGUGGCCAUUGUCGGAGUUGUUCAAUUGUGGUUUGUUCCAAGAGCAAAGAGCGAAACGACCGUCGUCAAAUCUAUUCUGCCUUGUAUGGACAAUCCAUCUGAGGACAGGGCUCCGGACGUGGUUGACAUCACGGUUGUUGAUACCGAGGAUCAGAUUUGA